AUGCGUGCCUCAUUCCUCACCGUCCUGGCCCUCAACGCCGCCUCUGGCGUGCUAGCCGCUCCCGCCGGUAGCAGCACUACUGCUGCUGCGCCAGAGAUCACCAACCUGGACGAGAUCACCAGCCUGGCUCAGGCCGCCUACGACCAGGCCCAAGAACUUGCUCAGAGCGCAGAGAAGCGCGGCAGCACUUGCAGCUGGAGCAACAUCCGCAUCCGCCGCGAGUGGAACACCUUCACCAAGAAGCAGAAGAAGGCCUACGUCGAUGCCGUCAAGUGUAUCCAGUCCAAGCCUGCCUUGACACCUUCGUCUGUGGCUCCCGGUGCCAAGACUCGCUUCGAUGACUUCGUCGCGACUCACAUCAACCAGACCCUGAGCAUCCACUACACGGGCAACUUCCUCUCGUGGCACCGGUACUUCACCUGGCUGUACGAGGAGGCGCUUCGUGAGGAGUGCGGUUACACCGGCACUCAACCCUACUGGGACUGGGCCAUCACCGCCGUCUCCGGCCUGAACACGUCUUCCAUGUUCGAUGGCAGCGACUACUCCAUGGGCAGCGACGGUGCGUACAUCCCUGGCCAGGCGGAUGUCGUCCUCGGCGCCUCCACGGGCCUGCCGCCCAUCUACCUGCCCGCCGGUUCCGGUGGCGGUUGUGUCAAGACUGGUCCCUUCAAGGAUAUGUCAGUCAACCUGGGCCCUGCGGCCCUCGACCUGCCCGGCGGCACCUCCUUGUCCGCCUCCAACCCCCUUGCGUGGAACCCUCGCUGCUUGAAGCGAGAUCUCAGCAAUGCCGUCAACACGCGAUACUCCAACGCCACCGGCAUCCUCAACAACAUCCUCAAGCCCAAGAACGUCUACGACUUCCAGAUGAUGAUGCAGGGCGUCCCCGGAGGCGGUGACAUUGGCAUCCACGGCGGUGGCCACUACUCCCUCGGCGGUGACCCCGGCCGUGAUGUCUACACCUCUCCCGGCGACCCUGCCUUCUACCUUCACCACUCCAUGAUCGACCGUGUCUGGUGGAUCUGGCAGAUGCUGAGCCCCGCCAAGCGCAUGUACAGCGACCUUGCGCUGAUGGGCACCAACACCUUCUUGGACAUCCCCGCCAGUGCCAACACCACCUUCGACGACUACGUCGAGUACGGCUGGGCUGGCGAGAAGCAGCAGAUCAAGGACCUCAUGAGCACCCUCGAUGGCCCUUUCUGCUACGUCUACUUGUAA